AUGGAUCUUGAAGCACCGGUGAAUUUUUCGCAAUUAUUCUUCAUAGCGGCGAAAGAAGGAAAUGUUGAAUUCUUGGUGAAGUUACUCCGAAACAACCAUAGUCUAUUGUACAAGUUAAACGGGGACGGACAUAGCAUAUUUCAUGUUGUUUUGUAUCAUCGUGCUGAUGUGUUUGUCUUGGUGUAUGAGUUGGGUGGGAGUAAAGAUACGAUAGCAACACACGUGGAUCGUGACGGCAAUAAUAUGUUGCACUUGGCGAGCAAAAUGUCUACACUAAAUUGGAUCGGCGGCAACCUUUAUGUGGCCCAUUCGCGAAUGCAAUGGGAAGUAGGGGGUGGUUCUUUGUAUGAGACUAGCUUGAAAAUGGGAAACUUAGGCGGUGGAGAAGCUUGCACGGCGUCAUUCGGAUGCAUGAAGAACAAGGACGAGCAAAUGCCUUGGGAACUAUUCAUAGCCAAGCACAUAGACCUAAUGAUAGCAGUUGAUAAGUCUAUUAAGCAGGCUGUGAAAUCGUGCAUGGUAGUGGCGAUACUGGUCGCUACAUAG